UCCCUGUCUCUGUCUGUCCCGCUCCGCUCAGCAGACUCAGCUGCACGCAUUGCAACAGAGCUCAUCCCGAGCUGUGGAGUCACUUUGAAACGGGACCUUUGACAGUUCAACUGUGGAUGCUGCUGCUGCUGUUAAACAGGAAAUGCCUUAUGGACUCUUGUUAGCUAUUUAGCCGUUUUGCUUCUCUGGGGAUCUCUUGAUUGUCCAUACAGGGAGCGUGAAACGGAAAGGUCCGGAUAACUGAAGCUCUACAGGACAUCUAUCGCGCGUGAGGAUGCUUGGGAUAACAAAUUUUUCUUUGACAACAGCAGCAGUCUUUGUGCUGCUGGCCUGUGUACUGUCCUUCAACGUGGACCAGAAGAAUGGGCUGUCGUUUGACGGUCCUCUAGAGGAUAUGUUCGGUUACACUGUUCAGCAGUUUGAGAACAGCGAGGGGAAAUGGGUUCUGAUUGGAUCACCACUGUCGGGACAGCCAGCUAAACGGACAGGAGAUGUCUACAAGUGUCCUGUAGGGACGGGGGACAACACAUGUAUCAAACUAGAGCUGCCAAAAAACACAACAAUUCCCAAUGUGCAUGAAGUCAAGGAGAACAUGACCAUGGGAACGACACUGGUGACCAAUCCCAACGGAGGAUUUCUGGCCUGUGGUCCUCAGUACGGCUACAUGUGUGGGCAGCAGCAGUACAUCUCAGGAGUUUGUGCGAAUGUCAGCUCUUCCUUCCAGAUCCUCAACUCUGUGGCUUCCGUGCAAGAGUGUGGAAAGGAGCUGGACAUUGUGAUAGUUCUGGACGGAUCCAACAGUAUCUACCCCUGGACCAGUAUCAUUGACUUUCUUCAGCGUUUCAUUGAGAACAUUGAGAUAGGACCAAAACUCUCACAGGUGGGCAUCGUGUCUUAUGGUGAGACUGUGACUCACCGCGUCAACCUGAGCCAGUUUGAAAACACUCCUGAUCUGCUGGAAUUUGUGAAUGUUCUCCCUCAACAGACUGGUUUCAAGACCAUGACCUUCCAGGGCAUUGAUACAGCCAGGAAGGAGGCCUUCAUGCCAGAGCGUGGUGCACGACCUGGGGUGAAGAAGGUCAUGGUGAUAGUGACUGAUGGAGAGUCACAUGACUCCCAUAAUCUGAAAAAGGUUAUGGGAGAGUGUGAGGAAGAUGGCAUCGAAAGGUUUGGCAUUGCUGUUUUGGGAGACUACAAUCGUCAGAACAAGAGUGCAGAAGAGAUGCACAAGUUUAUCAAUGAGAUUGAGUCCAUCUCCAGCAAACCUUUGAGGGAUCACUUCUUCAAUGUGUCCGAUGAGGUGGCAUUAUUGACCAUUGUGGAUGCUUUGGGAAGCAGGAUUUUCGCCUUGGAAGCUACAACCGGCAACUUUACCUCUUCCUUUGAAAUGGAGAUGUCUCAAGCUGGAUUUAGUGCACAUACUUCUAAAGACGGAGUGUUACUGGGAGCAGUGGGAGCAUACGACUGGAAUGGAACAGUGGUGAUGUAUACUGCAGGAAAAAAAAUUCCUUUGGAGUACACACAGUUCUACGACCCAGAGAGUGAGGCCGGGUACGAAGGACUGGCUGGGUACCUUGGCUAUGAUGUCCAGUCAGCCUCCACCCCUGAUGGAGUGCUCUAUAUCUCAGGUGCACCCCGGUACAACCAUACAGGCCGGGUUGUGAUUUACAGACUUAAUAAAAACAACAACGUUGUCGUCUCACAGAUACUAAAAGGAGAACAGAUUGGUUCUUACUUUGGCAGCGUCCUGCAGACUGUUGACGUGGAUGGAGACUCCUACACGGAUCUUCUCUUGGUUGGUGCUCCAAUGUUCAUGGGCAAAGAAAGAGACGAGCAGGGACAAGUCUAUGUCUACAAACUUAACCAGGAUGGCCAGUUUGUGCACAAGUUCACUUUAAAGCCGGUCAAUCAGUCCUGUUGUUCCGCCCGCUCAGAUACCUGCUCUAAUAAAAAUGAACCAUGUGGAGCCCGGUUUGGCACAGCGAUCGCAGCAGUGACAGAUUUAAACCUUGACGGGUUUAACGAUGUGGCCAUUGGUGCACCUUUUGAGAACGAUCAUCGAGGGGCCGUUUACAUUUACCAUGGAGAUAAGACGUCACUGAAAGAGAAAUAUGUACAGCAUAUCCCUGCAGGAGGUGAUGGUGAGAAGGUGAAAUUCUUCGGUCAGUCCAUACAUGGAGUCAUGGAUCUAAAUGGAGAUGGCAUCACUGAUGUGACCAUUGGAGGUCUGGGAGGGGCCUCAUUAUUCUGGUCCAGAGAUGUUGCAGAGCUCCGUGCAAACAUGACCUUUGAUCCUGUUAAAAUCAACCUGCAGCAGGCGCAGUUCCAGUGCAAACAUGGCGGACGCGAUCAUGUGUGUGUGAAAACCAAGGUGUGUUUUGCCUACAGCAUCAAAUCUGACCAGCAGGACUCAAACUCAGCUGCAGAGAUACGCUAUGAUCUGACUCUGGAUGCUCUGCGUGCGAAAGCUCGGGCUUCCUUUAUUGACGCAGGUGAUAAAAGUGAUCGCAGGAUCGCCAGGAGUGUCAUCAUCAAAGACAGGGAGAAGAAAUGUGUGCAAGAAACCUUCAUGAUGUCGGCCCGGCCAGACUUCCGAGACCCCCUCAUGGUGUCUUUGGAGUUUGGACUCGCCAAUGAAGACCAAGGCCCCGUCCUGGAUGAAAGCCUCCCCAGAUCCAUCAAUAAGACAAUUCCUUUAGUCGACUGCGGCAGUGAUCAGAAGUGCAUCGCUGACCUCUCUCUCAGAGCAGAGCCAAGUGUGAAAAGCAUGACGAUCAAAACCAUCAAAGACAGGAUCGAUGUGAACAUCAAGGUUAGAAACAGCAAAGACAAUGCAUACAACACCAAAGUGACCCUCAGCUUCACACCAAACAUCAACUAUGUCAAAGUGGAGCCGGAGAAGGCAUGCAACCUGAAUAACACACAACUGGAGUGUGCUGUUGGAUACCCCUUCUUGGGAGGCAAUGUAGAGGAAAAUUUCAAAGUGAUAUUUGAGAUGAAUCCGAAACAUGUUCAAGGGGUGAUUCAGAUAGACGUGACGGCCACAAGUGACAGUGAAGAGCUUGAUUCCACCCUGCAUGACAACACAGUGCAAAUCUCCGUCCCUGUGAAGUAUGAACCUGGACUUGUAUUCUCAGUACGGCCUGUGGAUGAACACAUUGUUGUUAAAGAAGGGGAACAGUACCCUUCUGAAAUCACUGAAACCUGGAUGAUUGGCGAGGAGGUCAACAUCACCUUCACGGUGGAGAAAUCCGGUGAAAUGGAGACUCCACCCCUUCAUCUGACAGUGUUAUAUCCUCAUCUGUCUCCUCAUCAGAACCACUUACUGUACCUGACAAAUGUCAGCCCCAGCCCAAAGGUGUUAUGUGACGACACCAAUCUCUGGAUCAACCCUCUGAAGAUUCCCCCCGCUGUUAUAAAGCCCGAACCAAAGAAAGAGAGCCUCGGUGUUUACAUUUUGAGCUGUGAAAGUCACCCCUGUGCAUCCUUCACCUGCCUCAUACCCAAGGCUACAUUAGGUCAGGUCAAUGUCACGUUCAGAGUGUGGAAACCUACGUUCAUCAAGGGCGAGUUUUCCAGUCUCCACAUGUUGGUGAAUGCAACACUGGGAACCAAAAACACAGACCUGUAUGAACUGAGCAGCAGUAACAGGAACAGAAGUGUUAAGAUCCAGGUUUCAAAGGAGACACUAGGAGGAAUCCCUAUAUGGAUCAUCAUCAUCAGUAUCCUGAUUGGACUACUGAUCUUAGCACUUGUAAUCUUCGCUCUCUGGAAGAUGGGCUUCUUCAAGAGAAAAUCCAGGGACUACUCAAAGGAGGACAUGAUGGACUGACGUAUCAAGCAGCAAGCAGCUCUGCAACCGACUGCUUCCAGAGCCAACAGGUCGCACAACAGACAGUGAGGGGAAUGGACAAGACGCCAAAAGACCCAUGGACAAUUUGGUGCUGUGACACUCUGGAAAAGAUAGUUAAAAGAAUCACUGUUUCCAAUAAUGCCACUGGUCAAAUGAUGUUUGCAAAUACUUUCUAAGCCUUGUUGUUUGAUAAGUAAUAGGCUUCAUACAGCACUGAGGCUUAAAUGGACUUAAAUGUACAUUUUCUCUUGAUUGCACCAAUUAUGACUUUAUGCAAAGUAUUUGCAAACACUGUUCUAGGUCUGCUUCUGUCUUGCAGAUAUAUAGUAUAAACAGCGUCCAGCUGUUCAGGAAGAGGAGCCAAAGAGGAGGAGGAAAAUCACGACUUUAUUAGCAUCUGUUAGCAAAGCAGCAUUUAUCUGUAUUACAUACAGCAGAACAAACAAAAACCUUCAAAGCAACAAUAUCUGCACUCAAGCUUUAGAGAAAAAAGUACUCAGGUUCUUCAGUCUGUCGCCCAAGCUACCUUGCAUAGUUUCUACGUCAUUACAGACACAAUGUAGAAGACCUUUUCUCUUGUGCGAUUUCAAAUAUGUGAACUUGAUUAUGUGUUGAAGCAGUCUGUCAAACAGCUUAGACUUUUUUAUGUGCUUGAUUAGUUUCACACAACACUGAACCUUUUAGCAUUUUAUACCAUUAUGAUUUUGUUUUGGCACAUCCUGACCUGACAUGAUUUUUUUUUGAGGCAAAGGUGUAGUGGUUUUUCUUUUUGAUACCUAAUGUAACCAGUCCACAAACAAACGUAUCAACGCUGAUGUUCAAUGUUUGUAAUUAACAGCAUCAUGGCCUCAGAGAGCUGCGCCUUCCAAAUGCAAAACUAUGAUUGUACUGUAAAUAUACUUAAAUGCUCAAUAAUGUAAAGCUUAAAAUGUACAUAAUUGUUUUUGCUGUUUUUCAUGUAAUUUAAGAGAUGUUAUCCAUGUAUCUUUUUUAGUGAUCACUGGUCACAGAAGAUGGUUUUGCUCAGGUGCUACAGGUAUCAUGAUUUAUGACUUAAUAUUUGGUAGAUAUGAAAUUAUCUGGCCUUUGUCACAAGUUCAAAGCUGAUGCAAAUAUGUAAAUAAUGUUAUAUUUUGAAGAAAAAAAUGAAAGUAUUCUGUAAUGCAAGUAUACAUGAAGACGAGGGUUUGUAUCCACUACUUUUGUUAAUUUGAAUGGAAAGAGAUAUUUCAAGCCUUUUGGAUGACUGUGUUUUGAGUCUUUGACUAUAGAAUAUCUUGGUUCAAACCUUUAACUUGGUAAAAGGACAGUAAAGUUUCUACCAGUGUUGAAACAUCUGUGUCGCCAUUCACCAGCAGUUGUCAUAUAGUUUCUGGGAUGUAUUGGUUGGUGGAUUGUAGUGAAGUCAACUACAAAAUGAACACAAAGAAUUAGCAUACAGAAGCUCAAUAUCAUCCCUUACUAAGUCAGUCUUUCAAGUGUUCUGUUUUCAUUUUGUUUCAAGAGGUUGCACAGCUACAUGAUAUAUUAAAAGAGAUUAUAUUGUAUUUCAGGGGACCAUGUUCUUGUCCUUCCUCAAUGUUCCCCUUCACUGUCAUAAAAUAGUGCUGAGGGAGAAGAAGAAGAGAACACCUCUAACUUUUUAAACCCCCUAAGCUCUCACUCUCCACUGCUGAAAAGAAGCACAUGAAAUAGAUGUACUGAAUGUGUAACUGAUAGUCUUUUUAAGAUUGUAUGGCGACAUCAGGCUUAUGCACGAGGUUGGAGUCAUGGGUCUUGCUUAGCUCACCAAAAAGUGGUCAUCAGAUAUUACCCUACAAUGUUAACUUGUGAGCUACAGUAGAAAGUACAAAAUGAGAUGUGUGACCCUCACCCCAGCCUUCUACACUGCUGUGAAGUCUUCAUUGUAAUGCACUGGUUUGUCAGACUGUAUGCGUCCUCAUCAGCACAGAAAUGAACUUAAGUACAAAAAUAAAAACUUUUUACUAAGA